CGGCACAAAUGCAAAACAAGCGUUCGAAUAGGUAUGUAAGAUGUCAGUGUUUCAGCGAAUCGAAUGGAUCGUAGUGCAUGUCUUUUUUUGGGCAUGCGGCCCACCGUAGCAACGACGAUACGUCGCCGUCUCGAUUUUCUUCCUCGUGUUCUCUCACGCCUGUCACGGCGUGCUCUCUUGUUCCUCAACCGGUACGAGUACGGAUCGUCCCGUGGCAGCAGCACAAGAGGUACGAGGUAUCUAGUCGAUCGUAGCUCAAUAUUCGUUCUUCUCRAUUUCGUYCAGCAGUUUGUUUGAAUCUCCCAUCGGCACCGACGACACCCGCUGUUCCAUAUUCUCGGUCCUGAUAGAAUAUACCACUCCAAUUUCUGUAAAAGAUGAAGUUCAUCGUCGCCAUUCUGUCCCUCGGAGCCUCCCUCCUGGUCCAAACCGAAAAUGCCGUCGCCUUUUCCUCCUUCACCCCGAAGAGCUCCUUCGGAGUGAAGACMAGCGCCAGCCGAUCGUCGCUCUCCAUGAACGUGGAAACCAACGACGACCAAAAGACGGUCAAGGUUGGUGUCAUCGGUAUGGGCCGCAUCGGUCUCGUCCACUUGGAGGCCAUCACCAAGGCCCCCGGUGUCGUUCCCGUCAUCGUCUCCAACCCCACCGUUUCCAAGGCCGAGGCCGCCGCCAACCAGUACAACAUUCCCAAAUUCACCGACGAUGCCAUGGACGUCAUCAACGACCCCGAGGUCGAUGCAGUUUGGAUCUGCUCUCCGUCCCAGUUCCACGCCGACCAGAUCAAGGCCUGCGCCGCCGCCAACAAACACGUCUUUUGCGAAAAGCCGAUUGCCACCGACCUCGCCGAGACCGUCGAGGCGAUCAAUGCCUGUAACGAAGCCGGAGUCAAGCUCAUGAUUGGUCUUCAGCGACGAUUCGACCAGAACUUCGAGCGUGUCAAGCAAGCUGUUGCYGCCAAGGAAGUCGGAGAGCCCAUCAUGGUAGGUUYUUUCUAGGUUGUUUUUUGUGUCCAAAACACUGAAUGGAURUACGGAUGGAUACAUGCCGUCUCUGAUCGUUCUGAUCACGUUCUUGCAUCGUUUUUGCUCUCGCGUCUCUCUGUUGUGGGUUUUUCCGGAUCGAAAUGGAAUGGGUUAGAUCAAACUGUGCUCCCGUGACCCUGCACCCCCACCCGCCUCGUACGUCAAGGGCGGCGGUGGCAUCUUCGCCGACAUGGCCGUCCACGAUCUCGAUAUGACGAGAUUCUUGGCCGGUUCCGAUCCCGUUGACAUCCUUGCCAUCGGAUCCACCCACAUCGAUAUGUCCAUCGCUGAAUUCGAUGGUUCCGAGAAAUACGAYACCGCCUCRUGCAUCGUCCGAUACCCCAACGGUGUCCAGGCCAUGAUCGAUGUAUGCCGUCAGUCCUCCUUCGGAUACGAUCAGCGUGCCGAGGUCUUGGGAACCAAGGGUAUGAUCCAAACCGACAACGUCUACCCCAACACCGCCAAGAUCUACAAGCAGGAUUACACCGGUAACGCCGAUAUGCCCUUCGACUUCUUCUUGUCCCGAUACAAYGAAGCCUACGUAACGGAAACCAUCGCCUUCUGCGAUUCUCUGGUCAACGACAAGCCCGUUCCCUGCACCGGUACCGAUGGUUUGAUCGCCCUCAUCAUGGCCAUUGCCGCCGACAAGUCUGCCGCCGAAAACCGCUGGGUCAAGUUCAACGAAAUUGUCCAGGAGGUCUACUGCUCCUCACCCACCGAGUGCGAAUUGAUUGCGCAGGACGACAUGUUCCCCGAAGGAUUCCGACCCACCGAGAAGGCCGAAGAUUUGUUGGUCCCCGAUGUCGACAAGAUGAAGAACGGCGCCGUCAUGGGUAGCUUCAGCGAUCGAUUCAAGGCCUUGUUCAAAUAAACAACAUAUUGCCGUCUAUUGAACACACAAAACUGCGUGAUGGAGCAAGCCUCGAGAAAGAACGAAAAAAGUGCAUUGCAGGCGCCCUCCGUACGAAGUUGGUACGGUGCGAGAUGAUCUAUSAUCACCGAGCCGAUUGAUGGCACUAAACGUAUAUCCAAUGU